CUUAAGUUAAUAAAUUCUCUUGGCAAAUUGUUGGUUGCGAUCAUGGGAAUCCUCUUCUGGAACUGUCAAGGGAUUGGCCCUAUAACAACCAAUAGGCAGCUGGCUGAAACGGUAAGUCGUUACUCAAUAUACUUGUUGUUUCUAAGUGAAACAAAAAACGAAGAUGAUUUGGUGAGAGACAAAAUUAAAAACCUUGGUUUUAAAGAAAAUCGUCUCGUCAGUGCUAUUGGCCUAUCUGGCGGUUUAGCAGUGGGUUGGGCAUCGGAUGUAGAUUGUAUUAUUUGAGACAAACAUCUCUUCUACAUUUCCUUAGAAUGCCAACAUCCAAGACUCGGAAGAGCUCACUUCUUAUUUGUUCACCUUAGUUGUGACGUAGGGACUAGGCAAAAUCAACUCAAUGAAUUAUCUGUCAUUAUUCGGACUGUACUUCUUCCAUUAUUUGUUCUCGGGGACUUUAAUUAUAUCCUUGACAGCUCUGAAAAAAUUAGGAAGCAGAUGCCCUACCCUUUCUGCCCUGGACCAACUAAGAAAUUUUUGCCUCCAUUCAGGUCUGCAAGACCUAGGCUCUAAUGGCCCUAACUUCACCUGGACAAAUCGCAGAUCGGCUUUGGAUCAUAUUAUGGCUAGACUGGACAGAGUUUUAGUUGCCUCUUUGGCUUUAAACCUUUGGCCUCUUGCCAAGGUCACUCACCUAUCAGAUCUAGGUUCGGAUCACCGAAAGAUUGUGUUGCAACUCAUCCCGCCUCAUAAUUUGGGCCAACAUCGCUUCCACUUCGAUAGCCGUUGGGCAAAAAAUUCGGAAGCAAGACAAGCUUUGCUGACAAAUGGGGUAAUCAAACCUCUGGUACAAGGCAAUUCAAAUUUUCCAAGAACCUCAAGUCUUCGAGGCAUGACCUUGUUGAAUGGAUGAAAAAGGGUACUUCUAACUAUUCUAGGAAAAUAAAAGAACUUUGUCUAGAUAUUGAUACAGCCAGAAACGCUCCAUCUGUUGACUGGGAAGCGAUUAAGGGGCUUGAACGAUUGUUAUCAUCUUCCUACCUACAAGAAGUGAUUUAUUGGAAACAAAAAUCUAGAGUUACGUACCUUCGGGAAGGGGAGUCUAAUACUCAUUUCUUUCAUACCAUUACAAACCAGAAAAGAAGGAUGAAUACAAUUCUUUCCCUAAAGGAUGAUAACGGCUUAGUUCAUUUAGAGGAAGGAGCUAAAGCCAAAGUGGCAGUUACAUACUUUAUGGGACUCUUCCUAUCUAAUCAACCUUUAGUUCAUGAUUUCAUUUUGAGCUUGGGCCUCCAGAAGAAAGUGAAUGAUUAUAUGAAUACUUGUCUUUCUGCAACAGUUACAAGAAAAGAGAUAAAAGAUGCUACUUUCUCGAUCUGGUCUUACCAAUAGCCGGGGAUAGAUGGGUUUACUUGUAUCUUCUUUCAAGCAUUUUGGGAUGUGGUUGGGGAAUCCCUUUGCGAUGCUGCCCUCUCCUUCUUUCAUACGGGAAGAUUGUUGCAUAACUUUAAUCAUACGAUGAUCACGCUUAUACCCAAGACUCCAAAUGCCGAAACCAUGAAACAAAUGAGGCCUAUAGGACUCUGCCAAGUAUUCUACAAGAUCAUUGCUAAAAUUCUAGCAGAUAGGUUGAGUCGUUUCCUUCCUCUCAUUGUAGGCCCCAACCAAAAUGUCUUUGUGAAAGAUAGAUCUAUCACAGACAACAUUCUAAUUGGGCAAGAGGUGAUGCAAUUUCUGAAAACCAAAACUCAAGGAAAGGAAAAAUGGAUGGCUUUAAAGCUAGACAUGGAAAAGUCAUAUGACAGAUUUGAAUGGCUCUCUUGUUUGAGUUACUUAAAGGCCUAGGAUUUGGGGAUAAAUGGCUCAAAUGGCUAAUAUCAUGUGUGACAACUAUAUCAUUCUCCAUUGCCUUAAACGGGUCUAUCAAUGGUUACUUUCAUCCUCAAAGAGGCUUACAUCAAGGGGACCCUCUCUCCCCCCCUCUUAUUCGAUAUAUACACUGAAGCUCUCUCUUCCCUUAUAGAGAAUUCCAUUAGAAACUCUAGCCUCCACGGGUUACGUAUUCAUAGAGAAGCUCCACUGAUCUCUCACCUAUUCUUUGCGGAUGAUUCCUACCUAUUCCUCCGUGCCUCCUCAACUGAAUGUGCCCGUCUAAUUGAAAUACUUCAAGAAUAUGAAGUGGUGACUGGGCAACGAGUUAAUCUCCAAAAAUAAGCUAUUACAUUCAGUGCUAAUGUCUUAGACUUGGAAGCUACUCACCUAGCUUGUUUACUUGGUGUGUCAGCAAUUGGAGUUCAUGAUAGAUAUCUUGGACUUCCAUCUCAGGUUCAUAGAUCUAAAAUCUAAACUUUUCGGUAUAUAGAAGACUGUUUAGCAAACCGAAUACGUCAUUGGAAGUCAAAAAAUAUGUCUUUGGCUGCCAAAGAAGUAGUCAUCAAAGCAGUUGGACAGCAACUCCCAUCUUUGCGAUGUCCUGCUUUAGACUCACUUCUGAUUGUGUAGAAGGAUGAAUGGACAACUCUCCACUUUUUGGUGGGCAGGCCAAGAUAAAGAAAAAUGUGUAUAUUGGUUAUCAUGGUUGAAUGUUGUUUCAGCAAAUUUGAAGGAGGAUUGGGAUUUAGAGACUUUGAUAGGUUCAAUGUAGCAAUGCUAGCCAAGCAAGCCUGGAGACUUAUCUGUGAACCGGAGAGUAUUCUUGCCAGGAUGUAUAAGGAAGAUAUCAUUUCACCGAUCAUUUCCUCCUAGCCCGUCAGGGGCCCCGACCCUCUUGGGCUUGGCAAGGUAUAUUGCACGGUAGAGAUCUUCUGAAUAAAGGUCUUCGUUGGCAAGUAGGAUCAGGAUCUAGGAUAAACACCUUACUCGACCCUUGGCUACCAUCAGACCCUCCAUCUAGCCCUGUGUUGUUAAUGGGCGCAUCUCUAGAUCACCCAAUGGUCUCAUUUCUUCUGGACUCUAAUGCUAUGGAGUGGAACCUAGACUUGCUUAAAACCUUAUUUCCCCCUGCCACGAUUGAUAAAAUCUUAUCCAUCCCUCUCUCGUCUUCCGUUCAAGAAGAUAAAUUGAUUUGACACUA